UUCUGUUUAAAAAGUUCUCUUCUUUAAAUGACCUGGAAGUCACUACUGUCUGUUUAUCUUCAUGUGAAACAGUUAACAAUGUGUUUCUCAGACCUUUGAUUAGUUAUCACACCUAGGAACUGGGUUGCUAGUUGAUUGUAUCAGAAGUUUUACGACCUUUGUUGUUUUUCCUGACUGUCCCCUAGGUAGAAAUUCCUUAGUCGUAAAACUGUGUUUGAUUGUGUUCGUUUCGGGGGCUCCUAAUCUUAUCAGCACCAGCCCCCUUUGCUUUUGUUUUGUGUUAAUAAAAAGACAAGCUCUACUGCAGAGUUUCAGAACACAUGGUGAACUGGUCAGAGGAGCAGUUCUCUGUGUUUUCUCCUUUUGCAAAAGCUUGGCUAUAAAAUUCAUAUACGUUGUCUGUGGUUCUUUGUUUUAUAUAGGUUCGAAAGGAAAAUACCUAUCAUUAUUUGGUGCCGAAACCCGGGAUCUCUCACCUCCCCCGCUGUCAGGCAGAGGAAGACGCGCUGAAUCCGUGCACGGCCAGAGUCAAUUGGACCUGGAAAGGAAAACCCAGGAAGCAAAUUCUUCGCUGGGCCAGCGACGUAUCCGACUUUGUCUGCUAACGGCGGAGUGACGAGAUCCGAUUGGACAACCCGAAAACUACAGAAACGUAGGUGAAUUUUAAGUCAUAUAGGUUUGAGUCCUUGUCAAAUAUUAAUUUGACUAAAGAAAUACAGGUUUGAGUCCUUGUCAAAUAUUAGUUUGACUAAAGAAAUAUAGGUUUGAGUCCUUGUCAAAUAUUAACAUUUCAAUUUGACUAAAGAAUAAUGAAGGGUUAGAGUCCCAGUUGACAGAGAGUUUCAACUAAAGGCAAAAGGACAGGCUCUUAGAGCUUCCUUAAUUAGAGGACGCCUCUUAAGGGAAAGUCCUCACAUAGAUAGAAAGUUUGUUAUUUGCUGUGCUGCUAUUGGUUUUGUUUGCUGUUUUGUUGCUGUGUGUGUGCAUGAAGGAGUGAAUGGUGUUUCUCUCUCUGGGAGUAAAACUCUCUGCCUUCGGAAUUAGAAUCCAAAGUGAAAAACCGCUUGGAGCUCAGCUCCAAGUAGAAGCCUGUUUUUCAGGAGGCACUGAGCGCUGACUUACAGCACUUUCUCUGAGAGAGCACGCGAUACUAGUAUUUUUAAGCUACAACUUUAAACAAUGGGAAACACAAAUUCCUGUAAUUCCUCACUUAUUGAGGGCCCCGAAGGGGAUGAAAAGUACAUGAUGUCCAGAUUUCCUGGCAGCAUUGUACAUAUAAAAAAAUGGAAAAAGAAAUAUAAAAUAGAUGGGAAGCUAAAAAUUGAUCAAUGGCAAGCAAUUGUGGGAAUUUUGGAGAGUAGUGUAGCAAGAAAAAAGGGGAUAAAAAAAGUUAGAAAGGAAGAUGAACUAAAGUGUGCAAAACUAUGGUUAAAAGCAGCCAUAGACCGUAAAGAACAAAUUAAAAAGGUUAAAGACAAAAGGCAAGCAGAUAUUGACAGGCGGAAUGCCUCGGUGGGACGGGGAGAGCAGGUACGGCCGACUGCUCCUCCCCCAACCGCUGCGACAGAUUCGUCUGCCCUUGUCUCAGUGUCACCAAGCUCGGUGGAUAGACAGCCGAGUGCACCUUUUAAUAUCAGUGAGGAAGCCACUAUCUUAUUUGUAAGACCAGAAGAUAAUGAGCCCAUAUUUAGUGCAGUUCAAACCCCUCCUCCAAAUAUGCAGCCUCCACCACCCUCAGCUCCUCCAACUCUCACUCCAGCAAGAGCCCCAAGUAUCAAACUGACCACAGACCCAGUGUCAGUUCACACACCUACCAAAAUUUACCCUCCUCUUCCAGUCUCUCCACCCCCAUUAUAUAAUGAAGAAAGUGCAGGUCCAAGUGGUCUGGGACAUUCAUAUGAUCUGAGAAAGUACAGAACUCCUCGAGUUAUGUACAGUUCUGAAGGGGCAGAACAAUAUCCAAUGAUCCAGGUCCCAAAUCCUAAUCCCAGAGAUGCCCAGUCGCCACAUAUUUAUGUUUUUAGACCCUGGACCUUGAAAGAGGCCAGAAAGGCGGUAGAAGGAAUAACACCUGCAUCAGAGGACCCCGAUAAGUGGGUAGAAGAUAUGACUGGAUUAAUCCAUUCAUAUAGACUAAAUGGAGUGGAAGCAGGAGAAGCAGCCAUGUCCUCAUUAGGAAAAGAUUGGGCAAAAGUGAGGGGAAAUUAUACAGGGAAAGAAACUAAUAAUAAUAUGUUAGUUCCAAUGUCAUACCCUCCAGGAGCCAACCCUGCUCUCUCUGAUGCAUUUAAAGCACAAUGGGACCCAUUGUGUGAGAGAGUUAGAGUAAAUUUUCGUAAAAGGGCGAAUUAUAGUCAUUUGUCAGGAAUUAAACAAAAAGUUGGAGAAGACGUAGACGAUUUUCGUCUGCGGUUUGAGAAGGAGUUCAAAGUUCACAGUGGGAUUACUUAUGACGCAAGAGCAGAGGGUGUAUAUCAACAACAGCUAAAAAACGCUUUAAUGUCAAGUUUCCGCCCUGAAAUUGAGGGCUGGAUUAAAAAACACCUAGUUGAAUAUGAUGCUGCCUCAGUCCCACAGCUGAUGACAUGGGCACGUCAUGCAGAAAAAGUAGUUAAAAAACCAAAAACAGGAUCAGAUGUGUUUCAUCUGGAGGAUUUUGGAGAAGUAGACACCUCUGUCUUUUUCCGCGGCUCCUCAAGAGGCCGAGGGAAAAACAGCAGCAGAGGAGGUCGCUAUGGGCAGCCACCCCGAAACUAUACCCCUCAAAAACCACAACGUCCAGAUGGAUGUUGGACUUGUGGUCAUCCUGACCACUGGGCAAGACAUUGCCCAGAAAACAAAAUAAAUCACCGGAAGGGUGGCAGAUGGGAGAAAAAACAAAAAUAUAACUCCUCAGCAUGACUAGACUUUUCCACAACCAAACAAAACUUAACACCAGAUCAAAUUGAUGAAAUAGUGGAUGUAUGUGCAGCUUGGGAGAUGUUAAAUGCAUUAAAAGAAAAACCUUAUAUCACACUGAUUGUUUGCGGGGAAAAAGUUGAAUUUUUAUGUGACACCGGUGCAUGCAAAACAGUUUUAAAAACUAAAAUAGAAGGUGUAAACCCCACAAAUGAGUCCAUUUGGGUGAAAUCUGCCGAUGGACAAACACAUAGAGAACAUAUGUCAAAAGGCACAUCUUUUAAAGAUCCUGAGACAGGAAUUAAAAUAAAAGCUUCUGUUGUAAUGUCACUUAAAUGUCCGACAAAUUUAUUAGGUAGAGACCUAAUGACAAAAUUAGGGAUAGCAGUAGUCCCUGUACAAGAUGGCAUGAGAGCUGUCAGACUAAAACAUUCUGAUCUGUACACAGUUCACAAGGAUGAAAAAAUCUACUGUUCAUAUGAUCUAAAGCCAGCUGACAAUCCUCAUGUCCCAGGAAAGCUUCUUAGAGAAGCUCGAGGACAGCUGGACUCACCUGAAACAGAAAUGAACUAUAAUCAGUUGCAUGUAAAAAUGAACAUCCUAAAUGAUCCACAGGAUGAUUAUGUGCAAACGUUUUUAGAAACAAAUCCUGUGACACUUGCUGUGACUGAAAUGUUCACAGACCGAAGGUCUUAUGCAGCUGUGACUGUGCUCCUUCCGACUAGUCAAACAAAGCUGUAUAAGUUACCUGCAAACCCAUACAUUUCACUUUAUAAGCCGCAUAAUAUUACAUGGGCAGAUGUGGGUAACAAAACCAAAAUGGCUGUUGAAGCCACAGAUUUCAAAGAAGCAGAAAGAAUUUCUUGCACUCAUUCUGCACAAGCAGCAGAAUUGAUUGCUUUGACUAGGGCAUGCGAACUGGCUAAGGACAAGCACCUGACAGUGUACACAGAUAGCCAGUAUGUUUUCUCUACACUGUUUUAUUUUGCGAAACAAUGGGAGCGUAGAGGAAUGACAACCUCUACUGGGAGACCAAUAACACAUGCAUCUUUGCUUAAAGAUCUUUUACAAGCAAUACAACUCCCAACUAAACUAGCUGUAUGUAAAUGCGCAGCUCACACAAAAAGCAAAGAUGAAGUUUCAAAUGGAAACAGACUAGCUGAUAAAAUCGCUAAAGAAGCUGCAGCAGGGAAGCAUGGGAAAGGUAUUUUCUCAGCACAGACUGAAGGGGAACAACAAAUGAUAGACAAAACAGUACUAAAAGACAUGCAGGACAAUGCACCACAGGCUGAGAAAAGGCUGUGGAUAACUAAAGGUGCGAAAAUGAAUGUCGGGAACAUUUUUUAGGUUAAUGACAAACCAGUGCUUCCUAAGUCUUUAUUUAAAGCAGCAGCAAUUGUGUCACAUGGGCGCUGCCAUGUGUCAACUGGGGGGAUGGAAUGCAUAAUAAAACAGCAUUUCACAACGUAUGGUUUAAAUUCUUACUUAAAAUCUUUUUGUACUGCAUGUCCAGUCUGUGUGAAAUACAAUCCUCAGGGAAACAUAAGGCCAAAACGAGGCAGGUUCCCAAAAUCAUCUUAUCCCUUUCAAACUAUGCACAUGGAUUUUAUUGAACUUUCACAAAGUGGGCCAUAUAAAUAUUGUCUGGUGAUGAUUGAUGCUUUUUCUAAAUGGGUUGAAAUAGUUCCAGCAAAGCAUGCAGAUGCUUUAACAGUAGCUAAGGCUAUUUGUAAAACUAUCAUCCCAACACAUGGCAUCCCACAGACUGUUUAUAGUGACAAUGGACCACAUUUUGUAAACCGAGUGAUACAAAACAUGGCUACACACUUGGGAAUGACAUUAAAGAAUCACUGUGCCUAUCGGCCACAGAGUGCAGGGCUGGUGGAAAGAACAAAUGCUACUGUGAAAAGUAGAUUAAGAAAGUGCAUGGCAGACACUGGCCGAUCCUGGCCAGAAUGUUUAGACUUGGUGAAGCUCUAUAUGAGAAUCACAUCAACAGCUGAUGGUCUAACACCUUUUGAAAUAAUUCAUGGGAGAGCUUACAGAUUGCCUCUGUUUGCUCCAGACAUACAAAAAGCUGAUGAAGAACAGACAUUAGCAGAUUAUAUGAUCAGGACUCUUAAACUGAAGGAAGUGUCCAGUGCGAAUUUACUGCCUUCUGAUUCUCCUCCUAUACAGGAAGCCAUUCCACUUGAGCCAGGUGACUGGGUCUACAUAAAGGUCAUCAAACGAAAGAACUGGACGAGUCCACGGUGGGAAGGACCGUUCCAAGUGCUGAUGACCACACCAACAGCUGUAAAGAUCGCUGAAAGACCCAGCUGGAUACAUCUUAGUCACUGUAAGCGGCAGAGAGUGUUGGACCCCUAAUUCGGAGUAGGGAGGAAGGUGGGCUUUUAGCCUCUGGGCUACACAGGCAUUCUAAUUUUUAGUAUUAGUUUGUCUCAAACCCAGUGAAGAACUGCUAAGAUUCUCACUCUUUUAGUUUGGGGGUUCUGACAUCUCUGCACGCCGAGCAGUAAUGGGGACUCCAUAUGCAAGAUGGAUCUUCUACUGUGCUGUGACUACUGUAUGUUUGAUGUUUGGAGAAGGAAGUGAGCCUGAGUUCCACCCACACGACUACAGCACCAACCUGUGGUGGAAACUGAUGAAUAGAACUGCUUAUGAAGGACAUGCUGUGAACUGCUACGUGUGUGCGCAGCUGCCGGUUUCCAUACACAACUCAGGUCUCCGACCAGGUAACAUUACAGACGACAAACAGAUGUGUCUCUAUGUUCUAAGCACCAGACCACGGCGCGUCCCGCCCCUAAGGGGAGACAGACCACGUGAGAAGGAUUAUUCAGCUGACCUCCGGAUGGGUGAGGCUGUGCAAGGACUGUUUCAAUCUUUGAAUUGUUCACUUGCAGAGGAUGUACUUCCUUUUUCGUCAUCUCAACAAACUGUAUGGAAAAUACCAGAGAUCAUUUCGUUAGCAGGAGCUAAACCAGGAUCUCUGGGGAACUGUGUUUAUAAUAAUGGAAAUGUUUUUCUAGGGACAUUGCCCUGGAACUUGUGUAACAGAGUUUACACCUACUGCGAACCGACACAGGAUUACAUCACCUGCGUAGCCUGCAGGGGUCAAAGGAUGGCUCCACACUGCAAAGGCUGGAAGGAAAACCCAGACUGUGACAACUUGCUUCAGGAGAGGAGUUUCAACAUCACGCAUAAGAUGAAGAGGAGACAAGAGACAACACUGUGCAGCGCCAUAGUGCCAGGAGAUUAUGGCUCAAGGAUGUUAUCAGAUUGGUACUUCAUAUGUGGAAAUGAAGCGUACAUGUUCUUGCCGAAAAAUUGGGGAGGACUGUGUGCUGUGGUUCCCUUGAUCAACCCGAUUGCAUUCAUCAGGAAAGCACAGGAUGAUUCACACACCCGCUCCAAACGAACAGUUAUGUCAGAGGUCAAAAGAUGGGGAGGCCUCACAACACAUACUGGAGUUCCAUGGGAAUUCAGGAUUUGGAACGGCGGAGAAAAAUUUAUGCAAAGCCUGUUUCCAUGGGUUGGAAUAGGUGAGAUUCGGGACCACGUUGAGAUAAACAGGUACGGAUUACUGCGAUUAAUCAACAUCACAUACCAGCUGGCCAAUGGCACCAUGGAAGAACUGACUGAACUGAGAAACAUGGUUAUGCAAAAUCGUGUUGUCCUGGAUUUCCUCACGGCCCCUCAGGGAGGGGUCUGUAAAAUCAUUGGCCCAACGUGCUGUACUUUUGUACCUGAUGAAACAGGUACUGGAGGAACUAUUUCUGAUGCUCUAUAUGAGCUGGAAGAUCUAAAGCAAUAUGUAGAAAGUGGAACACGCGGCUCAACUUCUUUUGAUUUGUUUUCAUGGCUUACAUCUGGACCAUGGUGGAAUUUGCUGUUAAAGCUUGUGACACCUAUUCUGGUUGUUUUAGUUCUGUUCUGCCUUUUUACGGGUUGCAUUAUUCCUUGUCUACGAAAAAUGAUGUUUAAAACAAUUAACACAACUGUUAUCAGCUAUCAGUUGGCAAAGGCAUCAUAUGAGACAACUGAAGAUGACCUGUUUCAAGUUUCUGACGAUUUUCUGAACAAUGAUGAAGUCCUGUAAUAAAUAAACAGAAAAAUUCAUUUGCUGAAUGAUUCCUACACUGAAAAUGUUAAACAAGUGGUGUUAAGGAUGAGAAAAUUGCUUUUGAUUUUUUGCUGUUUCUUUUAUUUUAUUUUUUUUCAUUUAUUGCAU